AGUAUACCUUAUCUGAUUUGUAUUCGACACCUGCGAUAACAUCCGUGAGUCGAUGAAUUGGCUAUGGGGGAGCACAGAAAGCGACGGAAGCGAGCAGUUGCCGAUUGGUCUGUCCAAGCUGAACCGAUCGGGUCGAAACAUUCCCACGGAUGAAGACGCGUCGGUGCAUAAGGACGCAGGGAAUGCGUGCUUUAAUCGCAAGGACUACGAAGGCGCGGUGUAUCAUUACACAAAAGGUCUAGUGGAGAAACCGACGGCCACGCUCUUCAGCAAUCGAUCGGCGGCGUUCUGCGAGCUAGGCCAGUUCCACAAAGCGUUAGCCGACGCCGAGCAAGCAGAAAAGCUGGAUCCCAUGUGGGCCAAAGUGUUUUCGCGCAAAGGCAAGGCCGACUACGGUCUGAAGCAGUACAAGCGAGCGGCUGACGACUUUGCCAGAGGCCUGUCCUUGAGCAUGCAGUUCGCAGCUGAGGAAAGCGUGAAGCGCGACAAGGAGAUCGAAGCGUUGACGCGGCAAUCCAGCAACCACACCGAAGCGUACUUGAAGCUCUUGGACGAGAACGCCCAACUGCGCCGCCAAAUCGACGACUACAGACUCAUGUUUGACGACUGGGCCAAAAAGCAAAUGUAGUCUAACACGAACUCGAUGUUGAUGCCGUUUGUUGGUGCGGACAUUUCGCAAGGGUAGGGGUGUCAAGUUAUUGAGCUAUGGAAUGCUACGGUAUAUCCUAAUGGAUACAAUUGAAGUCAAGUUUGAUGUGUGG